CCUCAACCAGUCACGAGCAGCUGUGCGUCGCAACAUGGUCCUACCUUGAGAUGCAUGUGCACAGAUACAACAAAGGUCUCGGGGGAGCACUGCUUUUAAUUGCGGCCGGUUGCGCAGCCUGCUUCACUUUGCCCAGAUCUCUGGGUGGGCAAAGCAUCACAUCUCGACUCCCGCUGGCAUCAAGGGAGCCUUCAGCAGCAAAGGAUGGUUAUUCUUUCGGCUAUUCCUUCAGGAGUUUGCUUCUGCCGAGUUUGGGCCUUGUAGCUGCUUGUCGUGUGCUUCCCCGCAGAAACUGUGGGCGCAUUGCCCGGAGAAACUUCCCCGCCGCAACGCCGUAUCCGGAGGGACGCUAUGACCCCGAGACGGCCGCGGCCUACUUUCAAGCACGUCCCUGGAGUGUGACAUGGAGAGCCACUGAGCUGAUGAGCACAACUUUGGGCUUUGCUGUCAGCCUGUUGCUAGAUAUUCAAACAGGAAGCUGGGAGGCCAAUUCGCCGAAGCGAGCCCAGCAGCUGGUGCAGAUUCUGACAGACCUGGGUCCUACCUUCAUCAAGAUUGGUCAGGCCCUGUCCAUCCGAGCAGAUUUGCUAUCUCCAGCUUACCUGGAAGCCUUGACCGAGCUGCAGGAUCGUGUGCCACCUUUCCCUACCGCCAAAGCGGAUGAGAUCAUUGAGUCUCAGCUGGGCCGGCCGGUGGGGGAGAUUUUCGAGGAGAUCUCACCUGCACCUAUUGCAUCUGCUUCCUUGGGGCAGGUCUACCGUGCCAAGCUGCGAGACGGUCCUGAAGUGGCUGUGAAAGUUCAGCGUCCUGGGAUGGAGGAAGUGGUCGCGUUGGACCUAUACCUUCUCAAGCUGGGCUCUGGUCCUUUGAGGUGGUUCCUCAAUCUCACCAGAUCUGGGUUGAACACCGACAUUCCUGGAUUGGUGGACGAAUGGGGCAAGGGCUUUGUUGGAGAACUGGACUAUCGACAAGAGGCGCUAAAUGCUAAGUCCUUCUCCCACGACAUCGAGAGCACACCUUUGGCUGGAGCUGUUUUUGCUCCAGCACCUGUUGAUUCAUGUUCAAGUCAAAAAGUUCUCACCACCGAGUGGAUCGUGGGCGAGCGCCUGGAGACCAGUAGUGCUGAGGAUGUCACAAAACUUUGUUCCGUGGCCAUGAAUUCAUACCUGACAAUGAUGCUGGAGACUGGUGUGCUGCAUGCGGAUCCACACCCGGGCAACCUCCUUCGGACUCCGGAUGGGAGGCUGUGCAUUUUGGACUGGGGCUUAGUCACAAACCUAGACCCCAGCUUCCGGGUGGCAUACAUUGAGCACAUCUCUCACUUGGUGUCGGGCGACUACGAGCCUGUUCCGAGGGAUUUGGUGACCAUUGGCUUUGUGCCAGAAGGGAUGGAGGAUGAUGUUGUCAAGAGCGAGGUCGUAGACACCUUGGCCAAUGUUUACGGCCAGUGGAGCAGCGGUGGUGGGGCGAAGCAGAUGGAUGUGAAUGCCCUCUUCUCCCAGAUUCAAGGACUGAGCCAACAGUACGGCAAUCUUUUCCGAGUGCCCCCGUACUUCUUUUACAUUGCGCGAGCCUUUGCGGUUCUGGAAGGAAUUGGUUUGAGCAACAAUUCGUCAUACUCUGUGGUCAACGAGUGCUUGCCAUAUGUCGCCCAGCGUUUGAUCAGCGAUUCAAAUCCUCGCAUCAGCAAGGCAUUGGCAUCCUUCAUUUAUGGAAGUGACAAGGGUUUGGACCGUCAAGCAAAUCCAGAACGUCUGAAGUACUUGGCCACUGGUUUUUCCUCGUAUGUUGCAGCAACUCGCAAUGAUGAGAAAUCAACUGCUGAGGAGGCGAGCAACUUAGCAGACAAGUUGGCAAGCUUGGUUUUAGGCCGUGUGCCAGCCGAGCACGGAGAUUCGGAGGCAUCCAGUCGUAGAGUUGCUCCGGCGCUGCAGGAUCUUUUGCUGGACGAGAUGGCAAAGGUGGUGGGUGCGAAUGCACGGCAACUCGCUGCCUCCUGGAACCUUCCGGGGAGUGGCAGCUUAGGUUUGAUGACUCCGGAUGGAACUGAUGAACGGAUCCUGGCAAACGCUAAAGAAAUUGCGUCCAUCGCUGAGCCACAGGUCCAAGAAAUCAUCCAGCAGUUCCGUUCCUUGCCCUUCAAUGAACAACGAGUCAUUGCUACAGAGGUCUUGUCCAAGUUGUGGAACUACCGCGAACAAGCCGUUGGUGCCGGUGGGAGACUGGUGGCCCGGCUCUUUCUGCAGGGCAUCUCCAGGGUCAGAGAAGACAUCGAUCAGGCUUUCUCUGGCUAGCUCCGUUUUCCGAUUCGUGUCACCCCGAGCUGCGAAGCAGCUUCGUUGAUUUUCGCCUUCCAUGAAGGUCCAUUACAUGCAGGGAGCUCCAACAUCAAUUUUUCACUGAUACCCGCCGGUAAUCAAAGAUGGAAAAGAGAAAAUCCCCACUGGG